CUUUCCAACUUCCUUAAUCUGCCCUGCCACCUCCUCCAACUUCCAACUUCCAACUUCCAUCUUUCCAAUACCACCAACUUCCCCUGCCUCCCUCCCUCCCUCCGAUCUCUUCUCCGCCCCACCGUCUCCCUCGAUCCACGCUCUCCGUUCGAGUAUUCGAUCCGCCGCCGGCGAACACCGGCUCCCCCGCCGGACUUAGGGUUCCCGUUUCUCCGCCGGCCGCGUCGGGUAUCAGGUUCGAAUACGCCGCAGCUUGAUCUGGGUCCGUUCAAAAUCCGAGCUUUUCCUGGCUUUCUAUCGCCGCGGGAUUCGUGCCGAGGCAAAGACAGCUAUGAUUUGAGGGUUGGAGUGGAGAGAUGAACGUUGGCCAUGCCUCGGUUCACCCAGUGGAGGAUCCCCCUACGACGGAGGGCGCAAAUGGGCCGAGAGUCAGGAUGAAGGAUAGACAGGGUAUGCCCGCUACGCUCGGCGGGCUCGCCUUGCGCUUUUUCCAGUUUGUGUUCGCAGCUGCUGCGCUCUGUGUUAUGGCCACUACCAGUGAUUUCCCCUCUGUGACGGCCUUCUGCUAUCUUGUAGCAGCUUCCGGCUUACAGAGCAUAUGGAGUUUUUCAUUGGCUGUUGUGGACAUAUAUGCCCUUCUAGUGGGGCGCUCGCUGCAGAAUUAUCGAGUGGUGCUGUUCUUUGCCAUGGGUGACGGGAUCACUUCCACUCUCACAUUUGCAGCAGCAUGUGCAUCAGCAGGCAUUACAGUCCUCAUCGACAAUGAUCUCUCUAGCUGUUCCCAGAACCACUGCAUGCAGUUUGAAACUGCCACGGCGAUGGCAUUCAUUAGUUGGUUUGUUGCUUUGCCGUCUUUUCUUUUCAAUUUUUGGUCGCUGGCGUCCCGAUGAAGAUGUAGCAAGGCAGGACUAAGGGGGAGUCAGCUGGAAAAUCCGCCUCGGCUUUAAAGAGCCUUUCUGGUGUGCCAUAAUUUUUUUUUUUCCCUCGAUACCUCAAAGGCAUGGAUUUGCUCGAGUGGUGUCUUGUGUGAAUAGGACUGUAAAGUAGGGCAAGGUGAGUCUUGACGAUGUAGUGUGAAUCGGUCGGAUGAGCCUCAUAACAGCACUCGACACUUGGGGAGUUUUCUUUUUGCUUUCUAUUGGAUUCGCAAAUGCUGGUUUUAUUUACUUAUGUAGGUGUGAAGGCAUUGUGUAACAGAAUGGCGGCAGGAUACAAAGGUCUCAAUGCACGCUGAAUUUUGAUGAUA